AAGUCAAGCUCCUGUCAAAGUUACCUGCGCGGACAACGUGGUUUCGCGCGACGCGUUUUAUGUGAAUGUUUAUAAUGAGUAUAAACUAAAGAAUAGGCUUCGCUUCAUCUUUCUUAUCGAAUUCGUUCGUUUACUAACUCAUCUGAAUGGAAGCGGCGAUGGAAGCAGCUGUCGAUACGACGGCAACCGUAACUCCAGAGAACCGAGAUGUCGCUUCUCCGGAAGAGGCUGCCUGCCACACCGAGGUGCAAUCGCGCGAAGAUAGGACGCCUCAACCAGUCAAGAUCGAAAGCGGGAUGGCUCGGAUAAAGCCAGAAUUCGUGAAGCAGAGCCAACCGCGGCACGUGGAGACGGCGUUCGUGGCGCCUUCUGACCGCACGCGCGCGGCGGACAGUGACGGGCAGCCGCCACCACGCAAGAAGCUGCGCGGCCAAAACCACAGCCGGCCCCACCACCGGCCACAGCCGCAGUCGGCCAAGCUUUGCUUCAAGCAUUUGGCCAAGGAGGGCUCCUGCCUGCACGGGGAGCAGUGCCGAUACAGCCACGACCUGCAAGCAUUUCUGGCGACCAAGCCUGCUGACCUUGGGAACAAAUGCCCUCUGGUAGAAGCGCAUGGCGGCUGCCGCUAUGGUGCUGUCUGCCGCUUUGCGCAAGCACACCCAGGUGGCGCCACUACUACACCCCACUUGGUCGACGGCAUUUCUGGUACUCCAGGGGAGUGCAACACUCUGAGCAAGGAACUCCAGCAGGCGCUCAGGAAAAGGCACUUUGACUUUGGACCAUCUGAGAAGAUCCUGAAGGAAAUAUCAGCUGGGACAGCUGUCAAUGGAGUGACCAAUGGCCAGUCAUUGGACAACUGUGUGGAUGACGUGGGACCAGAGGAGCCCAAGAAGGUGGACUUCAGAGGAAAGCUCUACCUGGCCCCCUUAACCACGGUGGGCAACCUUCCUUUCCGUCGGGUGUGCAAGGAGUUUGGUGCCGACAUCACAUGUGGUGAGAUGGCAAUGGCUGCCAACCUGCUCCAGGGUCAGCCGUCAGAGUGGGCCCUGUUGAAGCGACACUCCUCAGAAGACCUCUUUGGAGUCCAGCUGUGCGGUGCACACCCAGAUGUGAUGACACGCUGUGCCCAGCUGCUCAGGGACAAGUGCAGUGUUGACUUUGUUGACAUCAACAUGGGUUGCCCCAUUGAUUUUGUCUACAAAAAGGGAGCCGGAUCGGGCCUCAUGGGCCGUGCCAAAAAGCUUGCUGAGAUUGUUUAUGGCAUGGUGGGCGCACUGGACAUUCCCCUGACAGUGAAGAUGCGCGCAGGCAUGCAUGAGGGCCGCCCUAUUGCUCACCAAGUCAUUGCCCAGCUUGUUGCAGCUCCUCGCAAGCCUGCCCUCAUCACAGUGCACCCACGUUCUCGGGAGCAGCGCUACACCAAGUCAGCCGACUGGGCCUACCUCGACUGCUGUGCCCAGGCAGCGACUCCCAUCCCAGUGUUUGGUAGCGGGGACAUCCUGAGCUGGGAGGACGCUGAGAAACGGCUUUCGGAAACAUCUGUCAGUGGCCUGAUGAUUGCCAGGGGAGCUCUUAUCAAGCCAUGGAUUUUCACGGAGAUCAAGGAGCGGCGACACUGGGACAUCUCUUCUUCAGAGCGCCUCGACAUUCUGCGCAAAUACACUGCCUAUGGCCUCGAUCACUGGGGCUCUGAUACAGAGGGUGUCGAACGGACGCGGCGCUUCCUCUUGGAGUGGCUGUCAUUCCUUCACAGGUACAUCCCUGUGGGUCUUCUAGAGGUUCUUCCACAAAAGAUCAAUGAGAGGCCACCGCCAUAUCGGGGCCGCGAUGAUCUGGAGACCCUCUUUGCCAGUCCAUCUUGUGCUGAUUGGCUAAAGAUCAGUGAAAUGCUCUUGGGACCCCUUCCUGAAGGAUUCAACUUCCUGCCAAAGCAUAAAGCAAACGCCUACUCAGUCUAGCAUAUUGAGCAUGGCUAUCACACCACCAGUAGUCUGUAGGUCAGGAGCUGACGGAUCGGCGUGUGACCAAUAGCUGCCUUCUAAUUUUGCAGCUAUGUGUACAGCAAGAGUUGAAGAACUUCCAGAAGAUGGUUGUAGCGCCGAAAAACACAACACACAGCAAGUGAGACAGGACAGGCGCAUCCUGUCUCACUUGCGCCUGUCCUGUCUCACUUGCUGUGUGUUGUGUUUUUCGGCGCUACAACCCUCUUCUGGAAGCAUGCACCAACUAGCCCCCCAACAAGUAUUACUCAGUUGAAGAAUUGUUUCAAAAAUCUUCCACACUUCUGUGAUUUUCGGUGCUUUUGCUAUAGAUGCUGCCAUUGAACACAGACACUGCUGAUUUCUUACGUGAAUUUUGAACUCAUUGAUUUAUGCACCAUACUCUGAAUAAAGGAAGAAGUGAUCAUACUA